CAUAAUCAUUUAUCUAUUGAUUGAUUUUUCCCCAUUGUUUUUUCUCCUAAUCUCAAUAAACUAAAAAAAGGACAAAAAACAAUGGCUCCUUCAUUAAAAGUUUUUCUUUUUUUAGCAAUUGCUUUGUUCUUAACAAUUCAAUCAAAUGCAACAUUUGAUUAUUCAUUACAAUCUCCUUCUCCGUCUCCAUCAACACAAAUCUUAAAUAUAAAAGGUGAAAAUAAUAUACCAUCAUUUGUGAAAACUAGCAUGGUUGGCUCAAUGGCCAAGACACAAGAAUUUAUAGAAAAUGUCAUUGAAAAAAAAUUGGCUACUGGUGCAAAUUUGGAUCAUUUUCAUAAAGAUUGUCUUAAAACAUGCAAAGAAACUUAUGAAAGUGCAAUUGAUUCAAUGGAAAAAACAACAGCAGAUGUUAAAGAUAAAGAUUUUUACAAAGCAAAUGUUGAUCUUAGUGCAGUAUAUUCAUUCAUUGAGACUUGUCAUGAUUGUAUUGUUGAAACAAAAGAAAAAGAUGAUGGUGAUUUCCAAAAAUUUGAAACAUGGGUUAAAGGUAUUGCUCAUGAUUGUCUUGGAAAAGUUGUUGCAGAAUACUAUAAAAAUUAAUAUAGUAUUCGAAUCGAACGCUCAAGUUAUAUACAUCGAACCAUGUAAAAUCAGAUCAUCAAAAAAAAAAAAUAUUUACAAAUCUUGAGGAGAUUUGUAGUUUUUUUUUUAUAGUUACAGGUGACCUGAUUGAAAUGUAAGAAUUUCUCACACUUCCGAUGUAAUUCGAAGAAAACGAAAAAAUGUUAUAACCCCUGAGUCUUAGUUGAUGUGUCUUUAUUUCAUUUUUGGAUUUGUAUAAGAGAAAUAUCAUUUUUCA